GUCUUCUCUGUCUGGGUGCCGGAGGAUCCCUCUGAUUGGCUGCAGCUCUCUCUCUUUCUCAGCCCACCCACUGCUGAUCAUAGGGACUCUUGCACACUCGGUUUGCUUCCUUGCAUUGAGACUGGGACCUGGCCCCGGGGCUGAACGUCACACACACACACACACACACAGAGCGCGCACCAUGGCAGCUACGCACAGCGAGUACAGAGGCUACCUGCGCAACACCGUCGACAUGGAGGCAGGGCAGCACCGGUUCCACCCGGUGCAGAGCUCGGAGACCACUUACCGACCGCUCCUUUUCGGGACCCUUGCUGUUAUGGGAUUGCUCCAGGUGGCCUCCAGCGUGGCGAUCUUACUACACCUGACAGGUUAUCUACAAGAGGUAGACUUGUCCACCGCUCCACAUCGGCCCAUAGAGGAGGUGCAGACGGAACCAGUGCUGAACGCCCUGAGAGACACGAGGAAAAGCGGGAAACGGUGCAAGUCUCCUAAAGAGAUCCUGCCGUCAGCCCAUCUACCCAUCGAGCCUUCUCAGGUCUACUCUAAGAAGGACCACGUGAGGACCAUCCACUGGGACGAGAAGCAAGGACACUGCCACAAAAUCAGCUACCAGAAGGGAAAGCUGCUGAUGAGGGAAUCAGGUUUCUACUACGUUUACACCAAGACCUGCUUCCGCUACAACAAUUAUGGAGGAAGUGUGGACAAUAGUCAGACUGGGAUCACUCCAGCGGAUAUUAGCAACAUCCUGCUCAUCCAGUACGUCUACCGUGAGAGCAUCCGGCAGAAUGGCAACCCCGUGAUGCUGAUGAAGACGGGCAGCACCAUGCGAGGGAACAGCACCAGCUAUAACUUCUACUGCGCCCAGCAGGGCAGAGGAGUCCGACUGGAGGAGGGGGACGCGUUGUACGUCAAUGUGUCCAACGCUGGGCUCCUGGACCCAGAACCGCAAGGGACGUAUUUCGGUGCCAUAAAGUUGGGCAACUGAAACUUAAAAACCACAUGGGGAGCGGACAUGCUACUGAACAUUUGAUAUGCCAAAGAACCACUGUUAGUGAUUAAUGUUAAUUUGUCAAAACAAGGUGUUUUUUUUUUGUUUUGUUUUUUUUGUAAAUGUGUUUUUUUGUUUGUUUCACAUUGCUCUUUAACUAUUAGAGUCUUUUAUGAGAAAAAUGGAACAGGAAACCAACGUUUCAAAACUUUCCACUCUCCAUUCCUCCCUGUAGAAGUAGACACACACACAGAGCUCUCAGUUUCAUCCAAAAUAGCACUGGAGUUUUAUUGGACGGGUUUUUUUUUUUGUUGUUUUUUUUGUUAAAGUAUCGCGGCCAUUUGUAUUGGAAAAUUUCAAUACGUUUGAACACAGAUUACAACAUUUAGUCGUAAGAAUUGACAUGUGUUUAUGCGCUAAUUAAACAAACCGCAAGCAGGAGCAACUGAGGAAGUUAGUGUGUUGGCAAGAUGAAGUGGAGCAAGAAAGGAUUUAUCAGUGCUGAUUGUUGACAAAAACUGUCCAAGAAAUAAGAGUGUUGUAGUCGAUGAAGCAUCUGCUUGUGCUUAGUAGAUUAUCACAGGAUAAAAAUAACAAGACUCCUACAAGAGUAUGACCCGCAGUGGUGAAUACUUAAAUGUUGUCCUGAAAGUUUCUUGGGGAAGUGUGAAUGAGGCAGGAAGUAACUGAAUGUUGGAGCAGUCGGGACAGUGAUUUAUUUCAACCUCGAAAUUUCACAGAAACUCUGACAUUUUCCGUGUUUUCAUGGUUUUCUUUGUGGGUUCUCUCCGGGUAUUCCUGCUUCCUUCCACCGUCCAAAGGCAUACUCAUUAGGUGAAAUUGGUGACUCUAAAUUGGCCGUAGGUAUGUGUGUGAGCGUGAAUGGUUGUCUAGGCUAGUGACCUGUGCAGGGAGUACCCCUCCUCCUGUCCAGUGACAGUUGGGAUAGGCUCCAGCCCCUUCCAGAGGACAAGGAGUUACAGAAAAUGAAUGAAUGACUCAAUAGAUUUGAUCACUGUAGAACCUUAUCCAUCAAAAUGUUUCAAAUCUGCUGUAAACAGAAGCAAAGCAGCCCAGCUUGCUUCUGUUUAAGAAACACUUUAUUGACAACACGGGAUUCAUUCAGUUGGCAAAGUUUCAAGUGUUGCUGUCCACAUUGAUUUCAAAUUGAACGUGUUACGAAAGUUUUACACCACCCAUCUCAAUCUACGAGGCCAAUCAUUAAUGUCCACUUAAAUACAGCCAGUGUUUAAAAACAACAAAACCAUUUUUUUUUCUGUAACUCAUUUGUCCUCCCAAAGUAGGAAGUGACGUCUGUUUUGUUUAGUUUUGUUUUCCGACGACCAACAAGCGAUGCAGAUAGCUGGACUGUCUGAUGAACAAAUGACACGAAUGGACUCUUCUUUUUAACCAGAGGAACCGAACUGAGUUUGGUUCAACUUUUUUUUUUUUUUUUAACUUAAUUGUUUUUUUUUCAUUUGGCUCUUCAGUGAGGUAAAUGGGAAUAUGCACUAUUUAUUUAUUAGUUAUAGAAGUACAGAGACAGGCCACUGUUAAAUUGACCUCUCGUCUGUAAAAAAAAAGAAAAAAGAAAGGAAAAAAAGUCAUUUAUAUUUGACGUCUCUGUGACGUUCAUUAUGCAGCACUUAGAGGAAAUAGUAGGCACGCUUUUUGUUAUUCCAACACAGGGGCUUCAUUUGAAAUUUUAUAUUUAGAUCUUGAUUUUGACAAUUCUGUGUGUACCUGCUUAGCCUAAAGCGAUACGGAUAUAUUGUGUCCGCACUGUUGUAGCAUACCUGUAAGACCUUCAUCUGAAUCCAUCUGAUAGAUUCUGUUUUUCUUAUUUAUGUUUAUGUAUGUUUUAAUAAUAAAAAAAACUACUUUUGUAA